AUGGUGGCCCGCGGGGCACGGACGGAGAGGGGGCCCGGCCCCCUGGGCCGCCCAGCUCAGCGCCGCCCGCGGGCUCCUGCGCGCAUCGGGGGCUGGGCCGGGCUGGGGCCGCGCUGCCUCCCGCGCUGCGCAGCGCUCCGCGUUCGCCUAUUGAUCUGCUCCGCGGCGGCGGCGGCGGCGGCGGCGGCGGCGGCGGCGAGGAGCCAGACUCCAGGCACUGUCCGCGGCGUAGGAAAAAAGCUAGAAGAAUUCGCGAAGGGUGAAGGGGUGCGCCCCGGUCGAUUCUUCAAAGGCCAUCUCAUUGCCCAGGGGAGCGAAACAGACCCCUACCCAGCCACUUUAACGCCUCCUGUGUCCGGGAGGCGCGGGUCGGCGGCCUCCAGAGCCGCCCCGGAACGGGCUGCCGCUCCCCACCAGCCGCCAGGGCCUCGGAGCCGGUCCCUGCGUCCCGAGAAGCGUCGGGGAAACUUUGGGAGAAACUUUGCCAACUUUGCUCUCGGCGAGGGAGAGGCCGCCCGGCCGGCCGCGGCGGCUGCGGGCCGCGACGCGCAGAGUGGGCCCCAAGUCAGCCCUGGGCACCCCGGAGCCUGCAGGGCAGCCCAAGGAGGGGUGCGAGGCCGGCUGGCGGCCCCUGGCUCCCCGCUGCGCCCCUGCGCGUCCCCCACCUGGCUCUCGGCCCCCGUCUCCGAGCGGCCCGCGACUCGCAGCGCCCAGGAUGGCCGGGAUCGACAACCUGGCCUUCAGCGCAAGUGA